CAAAGUGCACUGGGUUCGGGGAUAGUUUAUCAAAAUGGCGCUGCGCGUAAGCGUUAUUUGAAACGCCGGGAUCGCAACAUUAUCGCAUUGCUAUAAAAGUUAGCUCGGAAUCUGCGCGCAGUGCUGCUGCGGACGUGACCGAUCAGGCAUGUUCGUCGCCAGGAGCAUUGCCGCCGACCACAACGACCUGAUUCACGACGUCGCCUACGACUUCUACGGCAGGCGUCUCGCCACAUGCUCCAGUGACCAGACUGUGAAGGUAUGGGACCUUGGAGAGGAUGGAGAGUGGCGUUGCACAGCGAAUUGGAAGACACACAGUGGGUCUGUGUGGAAGGUCACGUGGGCACAUCCAGAAUUUGGACAGGUCCUGGCAACUUGCUCUUACGAUCGCAUGGCCACCGUGUGGGAGGAACUAGUGGCAGGCAAGAGUGGUGUACUUGGUGGCAGUGGCACUGGCAGUGGGGGUGAGCGAAGUCAGUCCCACUGGGUCAAGCGUACCAGCCUGGUGGACAGCCGGACAUCGGUGACCGACGUCAAGUUUGCACCAAAGCAGCUGGGUCUGCAGCUGGCCACAUGUUCAGCUGAUGGGAUGGUGCGCGUCUACGAAGCACCUGACGUCAUGAACUUGAGCCAGUGGUCUCUGCAGAGUGACAUCAACUGCCGCAUGCCGCUCAGCUGCCUUUCCUGGAACCAUUCUUUCAAUCGCAACCACCCGCCUAUGCUGGCCGUUGGCAGUGAUGAUCCAGGGCCUUCCAACACCGGCAAAGUGCACGUGUACGAGUAUUGUGAAGGAAGCCGCCGUUGGACGAGGGUCGAAACUGUCGUCACCGUUGUGGAUCCUGUACAUGAUCUGGCCUUCGCCCCUAGCGUAGGCCGCUCCUAUUACCUCCUGGGCAUUGCCUCUAGAGAUGUGCGCAUCAUCUCUUUCAAGCCACUGCUGUCAGAGAUGACAUCUCCGAUGCAAGAUGGUGUUACCGCCAAAUUUGAAACCAAAGUUGUGGCGCAGUUUGAUGAUCACAAUUCGCAGGCUUGGAGGGUAAGCUGGAACAUCAUCGGCACCAUCCUUGCAUCUUCCGGAGAUGAUGGCUGUGUGAGAUUGUGGAAAGCCAACUACAUGGGGAUCUGGAAGUGCAUAGCCACACUGCAAGGCGACGGCGGUGUGGUCCAAGGGGACAAACAGUCGGCAGAGAUGUCCACUUUUCCCGGUCAAACUGGUAGCUCGGGUGGCAUUACAACACCAUACCAAAACUCAGCCCAAGCAGGUCCAAGAAGGGUGCCUUGGCACUGAACACACCUGGUCCUUCCAGUUCCCUCCGCAUUUUUUCUCACCGUAGGAGAGGACCGUAUUGCAAUGUUUGUCGGGGGAAAAAAAGAUCAUGUGAAUAAAUGUGCGCUUUGAUUUUGUA